ACCCCCCUCCCUUCAUCAUCCAUCAAACCACCCGCUAUUUAAUAAUACAGCAACAGCAACAGCUCUUUCGUUACGGCUGCUUGCUUUGCGUCCAUCGUUUACCCCUAGCAUUACGCUUCUUAAUACCAAAAGAUAAUCCCACUAUCUCGACGUUUGAGUCAAUAUGAAGUACGCUUACACCACUCUUUCCCUGCUGGGCGCUGUCCUCGCUGCCCCCGCUCCCGCUGCCUACGAGGUCGCUGGUGCUGGAGGCUACGGUUAUCCGUCCCAGGACACCCCGAGCUACGGAUAUCCUGUGACGAGCUCCAGCGUCUACUCCGCUCCUCCUCCCGAGAAGAGCUCUGACGGUUACUACCCCGUUCCCCCCAAGCCGACCAGCACUCCCUGUGAGAGCUCGACGUCGUCGACGCCAACUCCCAAGAGUAGCUCCAGCGUCUAUGUUCCUCCUCCUCCCAAGACGAGCUCCAGCGCUUACUACGCUUCCGUUCCUCCUCCUCCUGAAUCGUCCAGCACUCCCUGCGAGAGCUCUUCGUCCCAGAAGGUGUACAGCUCGGUGCCACCUCCUCCUAAGACGACCUCCAGCGUUUACUACCCUCCUCCUCAGAAGUCGACGAACACUCCUUAUGAGAGUUCCUCGUCCGAACAGGGAUACAGCUCGGUUCCUCCUCCUCCCAAGACGACUAGCACUCCCUGCGAGAGCUCCACAUCGUCGACUCCGACUCCCAAGACAAGCUCCAGCGCCUAUAUCCCUCCUCCUCCUCCUCCUCCCAAGACGAGCUCCAGCGCUUACUAUGCGUCUGUUCCUCCCCCUCCCAAGUCGUCCAGCACGCCUUGCGAGAGCUCGACGUCUUCGAAGCCAACCCCCAAGACUAGCUCCACGUCAUCAAAGCCAACUCCCGUGACGAGCUCCAGCAUCUACUCUACCCCUCCUCCCAAGACGAGCUCGACUGCUUACUACUCUUCUGCCCCCCCUCCACCGAAAUCGUCAAGUACGCCUUGCGAGAGCUCCACGUCGUCCACAGCAACUCCCAAGACUAGCUCCAGCAUCUAUUCUUCGGUCCCUCCUCCCCCUAAGACAAGCUCCAGCGUUGUCUACUCUUCAGCUCCUCCACCAACAUCGUCCAGUACGCCUUGCGAGAGCUCCAUGUCGUCCACAUCAACCCCCAAGACUAGUUCCAGCGCCUACUAUUCCAUCCCUCCUCCUCCCAAGUCGAGCUCCAGCGUUGUCUACUCUUCAGUUCCUCCCCAGUCGAGCUCCAGCGUUGUAUACUCUUCUGCUCCUCCCAAGUCGAGCUCCAGCGUUGUCUACUCCUCGGUUCCUCCCCAGUCGAGCUCAAGCGUUGUUUACUCUUCGGUUCCCCCUCCCAAGACUAGCUCCAGCGUUGCCUACUCUUCAGUUCCUCCCCCUAUGUCGAGCUCCAGCGUCGUCUACUCUUCGGUUCCUCCACCAAAAUCGUCCAGUACGCCUUGCGAGAGCUCCACCUUAUCCACGCCAACCCCUAAGACUAGUUCCAGCGCCUACUAUUCCGUCCCUCCUCCUUCCAAGUCGAGCUCGAGCUCCAGCAUUGUCUACUCUUCGGUCCCCCCUCCCAAGACUAGCUCAAGCGUUGUCUACUCCUCAGUUCCUCCCCCCAUGUCAAGCUCCAGCGUCGUCUACUCUGUUCCUCCCCCUAAGACUAGCUCCAGCGUCUCCAUGUCAAGCUCUAGCGUUGUGUACUCUUCGGCUCCUCCCAAGUCGAGCUCCAGUGUCGUCUACUCUUCAAUUCCGCCUCCUAAGUCGAGCUCCAGCGUCGUUUACUCUUCGGUUCCCCCCAUGUCGAGCUCCAGCGUUGUUUACUCUUCGGUCCCCCCUCCUAAGACAUCCAGCACUCCUUGUGAGAGCUCCACUUCGCAGGUCUCCAGCUCGGUGCCUCCUCCCAAAACGACCACUACGUCUGUGAAGCCCAGCACGACACCCGUCGUCCCUUCAUCCUCCAAGCCGGCUGUCUCCUCGUCUUACCCCGUGGUCCCACCCGUGGUACCUUCAUCUUCUAAGUCGGCCAUGACGUCUUCUUAUCCCGCGGUACCUUCAUCAUCGAAGCCGGCCAUUUCGUCGUCGUACCCCGUAGUCCCUCCCCAGGCUCCAUCGUCGUCCAAGUCGGUCAUGACAUCUUCUUACCCCGCGGUACCUUCAUCUUCGAAGCCAGCCGUCCCGUCGUCAUACCCUGUGGUCCCUCCCCAGGUUCCAUCCUCGUCCAAGCCAGUCAUCUCAUCUACCUACCCGGUUAUCCCUCCCCAGGUCCCGUCGUCCUCGGAGGCGGUCAUGUCGUCUACCUACCCUGCGGUCCCUACGUCGUCUAAGCCAGCCGUCCCAUCUUCUUACCCCGUGGUUCCUCCUCAGGUUCCCUCUUCUUCCGUGCCGGUUCCGUCAUCUUCCAAGCCAGUCGUGCCCUCGUCAUACCCCGUGGUUCCUCCUCAGGCUCCUUCGUCCUCCAAGCCGGCUGUUUCAUCGACCUAUCCCGUCGUACCUCCUCAGGUUCCCUCUUCUUCCAUGCCGGCUGUUCCAUCGACCUACCCUGUCGUACCUCCUCAGGUUCCCUCUUCUUCCAUGUCGGCUCCUUCAUCGUCCAAGCCAGUCGUGCCCUCGUCUUACCCCGUGGUUCCUCCCCAGGUUCCUUCGUCUAAGCCGGUUGUUCCCUCGUCUUCGGCCCCGGCUCCUCCUGUCAGCAGCCACUACUCCCAGAUCUCUACCUCCAAGGUCCCAUCGACCACACCAGCAGCGACACCAUCGACCACGCAACCAGCUGUGUCGACCUACACUGGUGCCGCGCCCGCUGCGACACCUUUCGGUCUUGCUAUGGCCGGUGCUCUCGCUUUGGUCAUGAUGGUCUAAGUGGGUUGACCGGGACAAUUACAACACGAAUUUGGUGUAGCAUUAUCCCAAACACUU